CAUUGAUAUGCAGAAAAAGAAUGGAUAAAAGUGUAACCAUUAAGUCUUUGGCAUAAAAUUGCACUCUAUAAACUAAUGCAAAUAGGCAGUUUCUUUUAGCCUUUGACAUUUCCCACACCAAACGAAAUUCUUCUUUUGUUACUAGAAAAAACAAUGGUUUUUUCCACUCAGCAUUCAGUAGGAAGUUGCUUCACACAUAAACAAGUCAUGCUAAUCGUCUCACAUAUAUAUCAUAAGUACCAAAUUAUUGGAGUAGCAUUCUGUGUAAGCGCAGCCAUGAAUAUUCUAUCCAUCUUCUCCCUCAUCCUCCUCUCUCUCUACACUCUAAGUCUAAGAGUAGAAUCGUCAGAAAUCUCGGCCACUUCCUGCAACGACGACACCAAAACCAACCCCACCAUAUCAAGAAACAUCGACUCCUUGCUGCCUAAGCUAGUCUCAGGCACCAUCCGCCAUGGCUUUGUGGCUGCCUCCCACGGCCAAGACGGAUACAAAGUCUACGGCGUGGCCCAAUGCAGGGGCGACGUAAACAGCAGCGACUGCGCCUCCUGCAUUAAGGACGCUGCAAAGGAGAUUAAACCCGCGUGCCCCAGCCAGUCAGAUGCAAGAAUCUGGUAUGACUACUGCUUUUUAAGGUACAGCACUGGCAACUUCUUGGGAGAAGUCGACACCUCGGGGGUCUACUUCUACAACGUGGAGAACGUGACAGAGCCGGGUGUUUUCAACAAGAGAUUGGGUUCGCUGAUGGAUGAGAUAAGGUCGGAGGCGGUGAGGCCUCGGAGCAGAGGGCUGGGGAGAGGGAGGAGGGAUCUAUCAGACUUUGUCAAGCUGUAUGCAUUGGUGCAGUGUAUGAGAGAUUUGUCUGAGAUGGGGUGUGCUCAGUGUUUGUCAAUUGCUGUUAGUAAUUUUCCUACAUUUUGUGGGGAUAAGAGAGGGUGUAGGGUGCUGUAUAGCAGCUGCUAUGUUAGAUAUGAAUUGUAUCCCUUCUUCUUUCCGCUUGAUUCGGCGAGUUCGAGGUUUGGAGAAGAUGACAGAGUGGUGGCUGUUAGAAUCUGAUGUAGUAGUAUGUUGUGUGAUUUGCUUUUUUAGUAAUUCUGUUUGUUUGUCACUAAUGUUGUGAUGAUGCUCACUGACUCAUUGUCACUAGUGAAUAUUGUUUUUAAUCAUCUUAAUGAGAAAGACUGCUGUAUGUAUCACUCA